AAAAAAAAUAGUUAUUGGGAAUAAUUUUAUUAAUUUCAUAAUUAACACUAAUGGUGUUUCGACACGGUCGAAUCGGUUUGAUCAAACACGUAGUUUCCUUUGUUCUCUAGGGCAUUUGUUGAUGCGCGUUCACUCACUUGCGUAUGCUUCUGUAUAUUUCAUCCCAGUCACACAUGAAUGACUGAAUUAAUGUUUGUGAACUAUCAUAAACUGCGUGGAAACUGCCAGAGAGAAUGUAGAAAACUACAUGUUUGGGUCAAACUGUUUGUCCGUGUUGGAACACCUUAAUACAGGUGAUUUUAUUUCAAAACAACGUCCACAACAUAUAUUUUGUUGCGAUAAACUGUUUGUAAUUAUAAAUGUUUUUGUUGCAGGUAUUUAGCAACAGGGGCAUACUUGUCUCAACUUUCGUUUGACUACUUAAUUGGUGAAUCUACAAUCAGAGAUAUAGUGAAAUCUACUUGUGAGCAAAUAUGGAAUGUACUUCAUUCCCAAUAUAUGCCUGAAAAGACUGAAGAAGAUUGGAUUCAAAUUGCUAAUGAGUUCUAUGAACGUACAAACUUUCCAAACGUCAUAGGAGCGAUAGAUGGGAAACACAUACGAAUCAUUCAACCGCAAAAAUCUGGAACUUCAUUUUUUAACUACAAGAAAUUUUUUUCUUGCGUUUUGAUGGCUUGGACCGAUGCUGACUACAAGUUUGUCCGUAUUUAUGUAGGUUCCUACGGAAGCAGUAUUGAUUCUGAGAUAUUUCAGUCAUCACAGAUGGGCAAGAUGUUAAUUGAAAACAAACUUAACAUUCCCAGUGGAAAACCCUUCCCUAAUGAAGAUAACGGGCCUGUCAUGCCAUUUUGCGUUGUCGGUGAUGAAGCAUUUGGUCUUUCAAGUCACAUAUUACGUCCGUACUAAAAAUUUGAACUACGCAAAACGUAUAUUUAACUACAGACAUACUCGAGCACGUCGAUUAGUGGAAUGCACGUUCGGCAUUUUGGCAAAUAAGUGGCGUAUAUUUCAUCGUCCUAUAAAUGUCCAUAUAAAUUUUGCCGUUAAGAUUAUAAAGGCAGCAUGUAUUCUACACAACUACGUUCGAUCAAAAGACGGAAUAACUUUUAAGGAUUCUUUGUACGAAUGUCCUGGAUGGAUAUCAUCACUCAGAAAACAAUAGGGGAAGCAAUAUCACAAACGGUGUAAAUGUUCGGCAGUAUCUGACAUCUUAUUUUGUUCAACCCCAUGGAUCUGUUCCGUUUCAAUAUGAUAAAGUAAAAGAACAUAAAAUAAACUUUUGACUCACCUUGAUCUUUUCUUUCAUUCGCACUGAGUUUUCCCCAAUUGCUUAUUAGUGCUUCGCACACUUCCUCCCAUAAUUUUUUUUUAACAUUAAUGUCAGAGUAUUGCUUCAUAUCUUUUUUGUAUAGCGCUGGCCUUUUUGACACUUCAUCUAUGAGCUCUUCCACUUUUUCAUUUGCAAUAAAUGAUCGGGGGGCCGGCGGCGGCGACGGAGAAUCACGCGCACGCAUGUGGUCCUCUUGCAUUUUGCCGUGCGACUGACCAACUAAGUUGGAUAGUCGGCGGGCUUGCAUAGGCUAUAGUGGCUAAUAAACAGUCGGCCGAUAGUUGGACAACAUUUUAAUUGAGUGGGAAUCUUGGUUCUGAUACGAUCGGUGUCCAAUUAAUUAGUUGGACGAUUUAAUUGGAUAAGAUGUGCGCGCUAUCAUUAAGUUACUGUUCUAUUGCUUUACAGUGCAAUUUAGUUGGCCAACCUGAAAUUGGAAGUCUGCGGGAGCUCUAAAUGCACUAAAACAGAAUUCGCAAAACGACGCACAAACCGGUACAAACUCAAAACAUCCCAAAAUAUGAGUGAAGUCAGGUAGUAAGGGCCCCCGCAGACUGCAGAUUUCUAUCGGCCGAUAGUUUAGUCGGGUUGGGCUGCCAGUGCGCACGCCGAGCCAACUAAACAGUUUGGUUGGUGGAGAGUGCGCAUACUAGCCAACAGUCGGCCGAUGAUUCUUAAGCUAUUUACGAUUCACUAGUUUGUAUCUGACUGUUGAAGUAGCUGUCGCACAAUGAAAGUAAAUACAAUAUUGUCCAGAAAUGUUAUUAUUGCUCUGAUACAACGUAGGAGGAAAAUCAAGAAAAGAUUCCGAGAGUACUGGGUGCAUCCCAUUCUCAGUGAUAGAUUAGUUGCUGGAAAAUUUUACACAAUGCAUUCCAAAUUACUGGAUUAUCCGAGAAAAUUUUUUGCCUUUUAUCGAAUGAGCAUAACCAGCUUCAAUGAACUUGUCAAGCUAAUUGGACCAGCAAUAGCGAAGGAGGAUACAAAUUUAAGGCUUUCUAUACCUGUGGAGGAGAGAUUGAGCGUUACGAUAAGAUAUCUGGCUACUGGAGCUAGUUUCAAUACAUUAUCUUUUGAUUAUCUGAUGGGAGCUUCUACAAUACGAGACAUUACUAAAACUACAUGUGAGCAAAUAUGGAAUGUGCUUCAACCAUUGUAUAUGCCAAUCAAACAAGAAGGCGACUGGAUUAAAAUCGCAGACGAAUUCUAUAGUCGCACAAAUUUUCCAAACAUCAUUGGAGCGAUAGAUGGCAAACAUAUACGGAUGAUACAGCCAGAACAUUCCGAAACUCUCUACAGCUGUCCCAUGGAUAACUUGACUAUAACUUGACUCGGUUGUUACCGAGGAAGAAAUAAUAUGAAUAACGUGCGACAGUACAUGUCGACAUAUUUUAUUUCUCCUGGAGGCGCAAUUCCGUGUCAAUAUAACAAAGUGUAAUAAUGUAGUAAUUAAUGUAAUAACAAAUGUAAUAAGUAUUCAGCUACACCUACGUACAUAAAUAAAAAUUCACAUGAAGCGUUACGUACCUUUGUUUGUUCUGUCCUCGGCAUUAAGGUGAUUCCAACCAAGAACAACUGCUUCACAAACUUUCUCCCACAAUUUUUUCUUGAGAUUUGCGUCGGAGUACUCUUUUAAAGUUUUUUUAUAAAGCGCAGGUCUUUUCUCGACUUCUUCAAUCAACUGUACGAUGGACGUUUCUACAAUCAACGAUUGUGAAUUUGGCGAUGCCAUAUUAAAAAUAUACGCACGAAACGACUGUCCAACGUCAAUGGCCGGAGCGAACUGAGCCAUCGGCCGAUUGAACAAUCGUCGUGUGUGCGUACGUGGAAGUUAGCCAAUACUGAUUAAGCAGUCGGCCGACAGUUGGCCGACAGAUCAGUUUGAAGGAAAUCGGGAAGCCCAUCAAACUUUUUUAUCGGCCGAUACUGAAUCGUUGUAAUGUGCGCAUACGCAUAACUCUCCAUACUGAUUAACAAGCCGACCAAACUAUCGGCCGAUAGAAAGUCUGCAGUCUGCGGGGGCCCUAA